UAGUUCUUGGUGGUUUGGAUCCGUUCCCCGACACCGUCCUGGCUGCCCGCCGGCCGAUCCGCGGUUCCUCAUCCUCGAUCCCAAACACUUCUUCAAACCCUAACAUCCGCUCCUGAUUCGCAGGAAAAAUCGAUUCCUUUGGCCGGAUUUCGUUGGAGUCUGAUGGUAUAAAGAGCAUGGAAAGGGAAGCAAAAAAGGAAGCUUUCAGGAAGUAUCUGGAAUCAAGCGGGGUGCUUGAUGCUCUCACUAAAGUUCUUGUUGCACUGUAUGAAGAAAAUGACAAGCCUUCAUCUGCCUUAGAGUUCGUCCAACAAAAGUUGGGUGGCCCAUCAAUUUCUGAAUAUGAAAAGCUACAAGCUGAAAAGUCAGAUUUGCAAUCGAAAUAUGAUGAGCUCUUAGCAGCUCACAGAGAAACAUGCAGAGAGGGUCAUUUUUCAUGCAUCUAUUGUAUGAAGGGAUCUUAUUGGCACAUUCCUGGUAGUUGCUGCAUUGGGAGCUCGCGGAUCUACGAAACUUGAAGUUGACAACAUCGUCAAAGGAGAACACAGAUGGAGAUAAAUUGAAAAAUUGACUAUGAACCUCCAGAGAUGAUUUAUUUGUGAGUUUGAACAAUAGAUCACAGGAAAAUAGAGAAACUGAUUUCUUCGCAGAAGUACUGAUAUUGAAUACUGUUCAUCACUGAUCUACCACGGAUGGAUUCUCAGAUUCGAUCUCUUCCCUGUUAAUUGUUCUUUAAUUUUAAAAGGAAUGGAAAUGGACACCUUUUAUUUGCUAA